AGCCGUUUCGGCCUGGCAGCGUUUCCUGGCCCCCGCCGCAGCAGCCUGUGGCCGCCUGCGCCCCCCUCGCUGUGCACCAGCAGGCCCCCGCGAUGUUCCGCGUCGUUCCCGCGGCCGUGCUGCGGCCCCUCCUCGGCGGCGCCGCCUACGCCGUGUGGUAUGUGUGCGUUGCCCUGCACAGGCUGCUGAAGCUGGUCGAGCCGCUGCUUCGGCAUCCGGCGAAGGGCCCCCACGCGGGCAAGACCGUGCUGGUGACGACGGGCCGCCAGGCCAAGACGCUGCACGGCGUGAGGGCCCUCAAGGAGAUCGGCUGCAGGGUCAUCGUGACGGACUACCAGGAGAUGAGCGCCAGCGCGGUCUCCACCUCGUGCGACGGCGCGGCGACCCUGGCCCCCCUGGACCCCCGCAGGGUGGGGCAGUGGGUGGACCACCUGGAGAGGAUCAUCCGGAGGGAGAACGUGGACCUGGUGCUUCCGAUGUCCACCAUCAACGAGGCCCUUUUCAUCUGGGAGGACGGAUUGGCUCCAGGCGCGGUUGCCCAACGUUCAGUUCGCCUGCGAGGGCCUCGAGAUGAUGACCCGACUGGACAACAAGCCGCAGUUCGACCAGAUGUGCCGCGAGUGUGGCGUGCCGGUGCCCGAGAGCGGCGUCGCCACCAGCAGGGAGGAUCUGGAGAACGGGUCCAUCCCGUUCGGGGAGAUGGACGUCAUCGUCAAGCGGAUCGAGUCGAGCAUCAACCGGGAGGAGGAGAUCAAGCUCGUCCGCAGGGGCGAGAAGGUGCCCGAGUCGGUGCAGCCCACGCCGUCGGACCCGUGGCAGUGGCAGCGCUUCAUCCGUGGGACGGAGUACUCGGCGUGGUUCGUGGCGGUGGACGGCAAGAUCACCUUCCAGGGCUGCUACCGCUCGGAGAGCGAUCUCCUCUUCUUCGACGGCAUCCCCGUGCCCGAGGACGUCGAGAAGGCGAUUGCUGGCCUCAUCGCCAAGCACAAGCUCACUGGCCAGUACGCCUUCGACUACUUCCGCGAGGACUCCACGGGUAAGUUCUUCGUGAUCGAGUGCAACCCUCGCGCGUCGUCGGUGCUGGAGGGCGUUUCGGGGACCCCGGGCUGGGGCGCGAGUUUCUUUGGCGACGACGUCCGCGCCGCCACGCAGUAUCAGAAGGUGGGGUUCUGGUUCCACCAGAACUGCUGGCCGUUCGUCGCCGACCGCGUCGAGGGCUUCUGGGCCUGGUCCGACCCUCUGCCCGUCCUCGUCGCGCAGCUGGCGUGGCCGCUGGAGAUGCUGCGCAUCAAGGGCGCGCUCCGCGGGGGCGCGCUGUCCAGGUCUCCGAGCGGCAUCCCGAUCGAGGCCGGCGAGCCGCUGACCGCGAAGUUCCCCGCGCUCUUCGAGGCCUUGGGGCUGAACUACCACCACCUCGACGUCAACAUCGGUAAGGUCGUCGUGCCCGGGCCGACGGUGGGCCGCGACUACGCGUACUUCGAGGAGAUCGCGCGGGACACGCGCGCGUCCUUCCUGCGGGCGCAGGUCCGGGAGCGAGGCGCUUGCCCGCGGGUGCUGUGCGCUAGCGCGGAGGUAGCCCGCGCGCUGGUGGGCAUGGACGGCUGCGCGCCCACGGUCACGCGGCUCGUGCAGGACCCCAUGGAGAUGAUGCAGGCGGCGCGGGAGAACCAGCACCUCAAGGAGAGCCUGAUCCUCGGGAGCCCCAGAUCGACGCUGCGCAACCUCGCGCAGCAGCAGAAGUCCUUUGACACCAUCUUCCUCGGGGAGGAGCUGCUCUCGGAGGUGCCGCCGUCCCUGCUUGUCCCGGGUGGCCGGACCUUCUCGCUGGAGACCCUGCCUUCACCACCCAAGGCGCUCUGAAAGAGAGGGCCUCCUUUCUUCGUCCACUCGCGAGCUCUUUGUUUCCUCAAUUCGGAGUCCGCCAGUGCUUUCUUCCACGCGGCACCCGUGAUUUUUGAUCAUCAAGAUGAGGAGCUGUUGUGCGGGAUGCGGGUGUCCACGGAUGUCCCGCGAGAGCGCCCGAAACGACACACACACACACACCACCAUCACCCCUGAUCACCCUUUGUCUCUGUCCUCCAGGUGGUGGUCGUGGUGCGUGUUCUUCUUUUCUACACUUUCCCCAUUUGCUCGCCGCCGCGUUUUGAUCCCCAGAUUGCUUUGAAGUCGGUCGCGGCUGCGACGACCCAGCUCCCCUCGCAGGGCGGCGGCUCGCGGUGGCGGGACGCCCCGGAGCUAGUUUUCGGUGUGCCGUUUGUUUUGUUUUGUUUUGUUUUUCGGGCCUGCCUUGGCUGCUUGGCAGCACAACGCACUGCAGAGCACGCGCGCUACAGUUGGCUUGAUUAGCAGGUCGACCCUGCCAGAUUGAGGGGUCUUGAGUCCUCUCGCGUGUCCUUCAACUCAAGUCCGACUGUAGUCUGCGGACCGCACACGGCCGCAUUUUCUCGCAGAGGCGGGCCCGCGGCAGCGCCGUCAGCGGCGUCGAGACGAUCCGCCGCUGGAUCGCCAAGCCGCCCGGGCCCGACGCGAACCACGCGCUCCGCAUGGGGGCAGGGAGCCGCUCGCGAGUUUUCUCCGUGCGGGUGGACGACGUGUCCCCUCUCCUCCUCGCCCUCGGUCCACCUCUCUCUGCUGACUCCUGCUCCUUUCCUCUCUCCUUUUUGCCAUUCCUUCUCUCUGUUUCGUCAGUGAUGCCUUCUCUUCAUCCGCGUGCUUUUCGCCGACUCUCGGCCAGCCUGGGAGCUACCCUGCGAGGGUGAUCCCCUGGAGCAGGCCGACUCGCAUAGUAAGGACGACCUGUAUAGGUGAGCGCCACAUCCGCCGACCCCUUGUUUUCUCUAGCGGUCGUCGUUUGGUGUGGUGGAGGCCGCCACGCCGGUCACGAGCUGCCUUGGAUCCUUUGGGAAGGCUGCGCAGGGGCCUCCGCCGCCGCCGUGCUGUGGUUGCUGCGUUUUGCUCCUGAGGUUUUGUUGGGAGCCUCGUGGGGGCUUCUCGGGUGCUGCCUGGGGCCUCCAGGAAUAGUCUUGCAGCCGAGGGCUCGACACGUGCCCGUUCGGGUGAGCAUUUGCGAAAUGGAUUCUCCAGAGGCGCUACACG